CGGCCCUUAAGCACUCAGAUCACUCAGACGGAAAAGUUACCAACCUUCAAGAAACAGAUAACUUUACGAGUCACGUACGGGAGUUUUUAGGCUGAGGACUGUUUGUGUCUGAGAAACUACGUAUUAAGGAGGUUUUCUAAAGUAAGAAUUACUUGCUUUAAGAUUCAAACAUGUUUCAGGGCCGCAAAAGGAAAGCUCAACGAACAGCUGGUUCAGGAGGAAAAAGGCAACGGAUGUCAAAACGAGCACCAAUGUACAGUCACCAUAGAAACAUGCGCUCCAAGCACCAAGAUGGCAGCCGCAAGCACGAAAAGCCUUGGGCUGCUCUUGGUGCCUGGUUCAUGGGGCCCAAGGCAGAGAACGGAAAUGUGUUCCACGAACUUGUCACUCAAACUAUUGAAUCCCAGAUAAACUUUCGUCGUCAUGUAUAUUUUCCAUGUGAUCCUCCUUACGUGACCGAUGAGCUGCGCGAUACACAGGCAUUCAAAGCUUCUAUGAACAAGUUAAAAACUGAGAUGGAAGAACUUCAAAAUAAAAUGAUGAAUUCUGUGCCAUUCUACAGCUCCAGAUACAAGGGCCAUGUCAACUGGGACGUAGCUAUGCCAGCCUAUCUUGGUUAUAUCUGUGCUUUGUUGUAUAAUCAAAACAACUGUGCAGCCGAAGCAUCUACCGUGACAACCUCAUUCGAGCUGGAGGUUGGGACUGAAUUGUGUGUCAUGAUGGGAUAUGAUCCAGACAAAAGCAUGGGGCAUUUGGUGACUGGAGGGACAGUUGCCAACAUUGAAGCUCUCUGGGCAGCACGAAAUGUCAAGUUCUUUCCAUUGGGACUACAGAGGGCUCUGCGCAAAGAGGAAAAACUGGCUGAUGCAAAACAUUAUGAGGUCUUCUUUCCUCAAAGAGGAAAGAAAGGUAAACUUACCAGUGGCACUGAAUGGGAAUUACUCAAUCUUGAGACUUCCUCCAUCCUCGCCAUGCCUGAUGAAGUGCAAAAACUGGCGGGGCUGGAAAACCAUAGCGACUUCAUGGAUUUACUGUCAGAUUAUCUCUACGAGUCUAUUGGGGCAGCUGAGUUUGCUCGUCACCAUCCCCUGAUAGAGAAAACCUGCGUGAUAGUACCCAGUACAGCUCAUAUCUCCUUCACAAAGGCAGUCACCAUUUUGGGAUUGGGCAAGAAUAGCCUCGUUCCAGUGGCAGUUGAUGAAAACUCCCGGAUAGAUUCAGCCGUCCUUAAAGACAUCUUGGAGAAGCACCUAAGCAGGCAGAUUCCUGUGUUGGCAGUUGUAGCUGUAAUGGGAACCACCGAGGAAAGUUCCAUUGAUCCUCUUACUGAUAUCCUCGGGAUGCGAAAAGAUUUUAGUAAAAAGGGGCUCGACUUUAGCAUACAUGCUGACGGAGCCUGGGGAGGAUAUUUCUGCAGCAUGCUACGUGAUCAACCGAAAGACUUUUACCUUAAAGCACCGGAAGAAUCUGGCUUUGUGCCUCAGUUGUAUUUGAGUUCCUAUGUCCACGAUCAGUUGUCAGCUCUGAACCAAUGCGACACCAUUACCAUUGACCCUCACAAAUCUGGCUUCUGUCCCUACCCCGCUGGGGCACUGUGUUACAAAGAUAAGCGGAUGAAUACCUUCCUCCAAAUCACAACUAGUGUGGUUUAUUACCAUGGUGAUAUGACUCUUGGUGAUAUUGGAAUUGAGGGAUCUAAACCAGGCGCAGCUGCCGCAUCAGUUUUGCUGGCGAACAGGGUUAUUGGUUUGCACAAAAAUGGGUAUGGUCGGAUCCUGUCCGAAUGUACGUACACUGCUAAAAUUUUGUACUGCUUAUGGAUAACUCUCCCUGAAGAGGAUGAUCAAUUUAUCAUUGAAACCACUAAACCGCUGCCAUCUGCAUGGAAGGGAAUGUCGGAGAAGAAGCAGAAGGAGUUUAUCAGAGAAAGAAUCAUUGGUAAAAGUAACGAAGAACUCGCUAAGGACCAUGAAGCCCUGGAGUAUUUGAAAGAGAUUGGUCCCGACACGCUGGUGCCAUGCUUCACCGUCAAUCUAAAGGGUAACAAAAGCAUUGAAGAGUGUAAUUCCCUUAAUAUGGCGAUAUUUCAAGACCUCAGCCAUUCCACUGGAGAAACGACUGCACAUCGAAUUCCAAUGAUUGUGACGUCAUCUAGCAUGCUCCACCACAAGCACAGCUCUGCUCUGAAGAACUUUAAAAAGAGGCUGGGGCUUGAUCCAAAGGGUGAUUCCUCUGUCAAGUUCCUCAUCACCACUUGCAUGGAUCCGUGGGCGACUUCCGUCGACUUCAUGGAUGACUUGACUUCCAUCAUGAGGAACAGUAUUCUUUGUGCCAUCGGAAGGGUAAAAGAUCCCAAGUGCCAUCAUGACUUUGUCAGUACAGGAGUGGUUAAUGAUGAAAACCAAGUCAUCGUUUAUUACGCAGGCAACUUCAACAACAUCUCCAAACAGUAUGGCACGGUCGCCACUUUGCAGUUUAACUCAGAUAGUCAAGCAAAAGCCUACAAAUCCAAACAGGAUUCUUUGAUGACCACCAGCGCCCAACAGGACCCAAUUGUCUUCAGAAGCAAAAAAAGCACGCUACAUGAUGUUUUUUUUGGAGAAUCGGAAUACGGAGAUGAAAAGGAAGUGUUUGAUUUAUACAUCGGACUGCCUUCUCAUGGAAGUAAGCCUUUCAUGACAGCUAACAUGAAGGUGGUGGAUGUUCCACAGUACGAACACUUUGACGACGACGAAUACCCAGAGUUCCUUUCUUACUUCCUGUACGGUGACAAGAAGGACGCUUUCUUGUUCCACAUUCCAACUAAGAAUCCUGACUUCCUCCAGAUUGUCAAACUAGACGGCACUCCCAAAGGAGUGGGCACUGAAGGCAAUAAAGAUCUGCUGUUGAAGAAAGGCAUUGAGGUCUACUUGCCUGAGAUCAGUGGAUCUUGGCCAGAAGAUCAUAAAGAAGUGAAAGAUCCGCUCAAGAAUCAUAAAUACGAGAUCACAUUUGUUGGAAUUGAUGGCGAAGAAGUUGCAAGUAAAGUGAAGAUUGAAAGGAAGGUGUGGUUUGAUGGAGCUAAACUAAACGACUAAAAUGCCAAGGUUGCUUUGAGAAGACAUAACAACUGUUGUUACUGAUAGCUAUUUGUCAUUACUUGUAUCUUUCGACUCCAAUAAGCCAGCCAAUAGGUUAGUUUUUCCACCAAAGUUUACAAACCUAGUAAUGUCUGUCGGGCAACAGAGUUUAUAAGAUAAUUAAAGAUUAAGCUUUUCUCAAAUAUCCGAUGGAGUUUAAAACGACUUCUCGUAAACAUUUAAUUUUGCCGUAAAGAAUAAUUAUUAAGCAAAAGACCCCUUGCUUUGCAUGUGGAAGGGACCACGAUCGGUGCCAGACUUUUCAUCUUCUUUGUUUGUUUUCCUUUUAGCCGGCAUCAGGGGGCAGCCUUUCCUCCAUGUGUUUAGUGUUUGAAAUAAAACAACACAAUGAAAUCUAUUAUUUGCCUAGGGAAACGCUAAUUCUUUCUUUCUUGGCUCGAACUCAAUUCAUUUCUAACUUCUGAGGAUAAGUUUGUGAAAAAAAAAAAACUUCUCUGUUGAUUAAAUAACUGGAGGAGAGGAAGACUUACAGUAAACAAGAGCUAUAAACGAGAUUAGCGUUAGGUGACAAGCUGAAUUUGAUUGCGUGACACACAGACUCUUUAGGUAUGCGCAACGAGUUAUUAUGCUCGGAUGUAAAGUAACUGCUCACUCUUCCCGCCAUCGAUGUCACGGAUGUAAUAAGGGAACCAACCAUACACGGAAAUACAGAAUUUUCAAUAAUAGAACCCAUUUCAACCAGCAUUAAAAGCAUGUUUAAUAUUACAUUUGAUUUACUACCAAAUCACAUACGUUAAGAUCACGUUGAAGUUUGCUUUCACUUUUAUAUGUACAAUGCUUCUAUAAAAGCCAAAGCUAGAGCAUAAAUAUCGCUCACACUAAUUUCAAACC